CAGAAGAAGCUCCCAUGGUAUGUAUCACUGUCAUCUUUUACAAGAUUUCCUGAAUCCAAUAGUUGGGCAACCGGACUCUGUGCAAAUCUUGAUGUGUUUGAGGACCAAAAUAUGCUCUUGUUAUGGUUGAGGAUGACAAGAAUUCCAGAAUCGGUGACCUGCAGAACACCUGAUGAAUCAGUUGAUAACUUUGGGACAGUUAACCUCGUUGAUGCAUGCCGCAAAGUUGGUGUGAAGAGGUUUAUUCUGGUCAGUUCCAUUCUAGUCAAUGGAGCAUCAAUGGGGCAGAUUCUCAAUCCAGCUUACAUCUUUCUUAAUAUAUUUGGUCUCACUUUAAUUGCAAAGCUUCAGGCAGAGAAUUAUAUCAGGAAGUCUGAUAUAAACUACACAAUAAUAAGGCCUGGUGUGAGAAAUGAACCUCCAACAGGAAAUCUUGUGAUGGAGCCAGAGGAUUCAGGAGGUACCAUCUCCAGAGAUCUGGUUGCAGAAGUAGCUAUUGAAGCAUUAGUCACUCCUGAAGCAUCUUACAAGGUAGUGGAGAUAGUUUCCAAAGCUGAUGGCCCCAAGCGUACAUAUGAUGAACUAUUUGGUUCAAUUAAGCAACGGUGAUCUCUAGUUUGAUGACGGAGUAUCUUGUUGGCAGAUUAAUACGUAACUACGUAUACAGUGUACUCAUUCGUAGUAGCUCUGAUGGCAUAUCUAUGUUUUCUAAUGUUCCUUGUGCAUCAAUACUAUACCUCUUUCAUCACAUUGAUAAUGAUUGGUCUGAUAUCUCA